UCUAACCUCUGCGCAACGAACCGCGGCAAAACGUAACGGUUUCCAGUUUCUCAAAGCUUUGAUGAUUCCUGUAUUGCUUUGUCGCUUAUGUCUCUGAAACCUGCCCCUAUACACGAGCUACGUUGUAACGAUCCUGAUAAAACAGUAUCAUAAGGUGUACCAUCGCAUAGCUUAUACAGAGAGCUCCCAGAGGGGCUGCGAUGGCUAAUUUCUUGGAUCUUCCGUCGGAACUACUGCCUGUGAUCCUCCGAUUUCUCAUUCGCCCGAGCCAUAUCGCCGUCAUAUGUCUGGUGAACAAAUCAUUCUACACCUUCAGCGUUCCUUACCUGUACGAACGCGUCUAUAUCUAUGCCUGGCACAAAGAAGGCAAAGGGAGAGUGGUACAGCUCUUCCGAACGUUAUCCGGGAACCGGCAUCUCGCGAAUUAUGUCCGAAAGCUUGAGAUCCGCGACUUCCCGAAAGCGUUACAAUCUGCUGAUUACGAAGAACUGGUCCAUCUUUGCCUCAAUGGCAUCAAGAACUGUGUAAGCCUCCGCGCUUGCACCUGGACGCGGCAUGGCUCCGUCAGGACAGACAUCUUCGAGGCACUCCUCACCUGCCCUCAGCUACGGGAGCUCGAGAUCAAUGGCCAGCACUACCAUCAAUACCAGCCUUCCGUGCUGGCGAGGUUCGCUAGCCUACACCGGAUAUCACUCAUCAUGCCUUCGCAUGCUGUUAUUGACAUUCUGCCGACAUGGAUGAAGGCUACGGGGAACACGCUGAGAAGUCUAAGCCUCAUCUGCAAGUCCUCGUCCUCAAUCAAUGACGACACCUUGCGCUUACUGGCUCCGCACUUGGUCAAUUUAGAACAGCUGUACAUUGCCGGGUGUCCCAAAGUCACGGACAAAGGACUGUGGGAUGUUAUUGCAUCGAACAGUCAGGGCUUGCAUGCCCUUGGAAUGGAAGGCCUCUCGCCUGCAUUCGACAUGUCCCACUUCAGCAAGCGGUGCGCCAGCUCAGGCGCUCUCUCUCGCCUGCGCUCCAUCACGCUCUCCGUGCGCGAGCAACACCCCGUGAAUUGGGACGCCCACGUCCUCUCCCUGCUUGCGUCCGCGCCGCUCGAGCACUUUCACAUCUCCACGGUCGGCGGACUCGUUGGUCCCGCUCUAGACGAGCGCUUUUGCACGGCAAUCGUAGACGCGCACGGGUCGCGACUGCGCCGUUUCUCCGUGCACCGCAUGCGCAUGAACAUCUCCUCCAUCGCGGACAUCUGCCGGCGCUGUCCGCAGCUCGAGCAGCUGUUCAUCGUAGUGGAGCAGACGACGCUGGACUCGCUGGGAUCUGUGCUUGCGCUGGCGCGCUGCGUGCGUGCGGUGCACGUCAAUCGCCCGCUGGAUGUCGGCUCCGAGGACGUAUCCGAGCUUGCGCACGACAAGAUACUGUCCAUCGUUAGGCAGUGUGUGUGGACUUUGACCCAGUUUGGUUACAACACUGCGGUGUUCCAGGUUGAGCGAGCGGUCCGUCGUCGUGAAGAUGGAUCGAUGGAGAUGGAGGUGUGCCUUGCGCCGUACGAGAAUCCAGAGAUUGCGAGAUCGGUCCGUAGCAUGACCCGAGCCGUCAGUCGGUAAUGAAACGCAG